CUUUAACAUCAUAUGCACAGUAUAUUUCUUAACAUUUUAUUCUCCAAGUUUUCGCACGAUUUCCGAUUUAAAAAUCAACCAAGAGAACUACAGUUCCCUUCGGUCGUUGCGCUUACUUCCGCCUGAAACAAACCAUACAUGCACGGAUAUAAUCUAAAUCUUUAAAAACUCGUUGGAUUUUCAAUCAGUAUUGUGUAUAACAUUAAAAUUUACAUUCGACUUUGAUUUCGCAGCGACAAGCAAGUCAUAGUAUUUCAGACUUCUCGUACCAUAUCUACCUUCCCGGAAGCACGGGAGCGCUGUCCAUGGUGCUGUAAGUAGAAUCCGUGUUACCUGUGCUAAGUGAAGCGUUUACAAGCGUCAUGUCAUAUUCAAUAAUACGUUCAAAUUGAGAUUUGUUUUACCUAUGUGGCCCAUCAGUAGUCACAAUUUUGGUGCUUCUAUUAGGCUAGUGUACUGCGCACUAUUUAUUGCACAGAGGUAUAGGCAUUACCAAAUAAUACAACACAUUUACUUGCUUAAAAAUCCCACCUGUCAUUUAUUCCUUCUCUUUUUUGAUGGGUGCUCAAGAUGGCUGAGGAAAAAGAGUCCUGCAACAAGAUCCGAGAGGGUCACACCUUGCUGCAGGUGUCCAACACACAUGGACUUCAGUUGCUGGGUCUACUCAGGUCAUUUCGGGAGCAAGGCCUACUAUUUGAUUUCACCAUAAAAGUGCAGGAACAGAUUUUUCCCUGUCAUCGCUGUGUUCUUGCUGCAUGCAGUGAUUUCUUCAGGGCCAUGUUUGAAGCAGCUAUGCGAGAACGUGACGAUGGUUCUGUAACAUUGUGUAACCAGUGUCCGGUUGUGGUGGAGUCCUUCCUGGAUUUUGCCUACUCUGGUGAAAUUCUUAUCACAGAAGGGAACGUAGACUCUCUGUUUCAACUUGCCUCCUUUUUGCAGGUGUCAGUUCUAUCCAGAGCCUGUAGUGACUUCUUGUUAGGAACGAUAGAUCUUGGUAACUGCCUGUCACUUUUGGCCCUUGCUGAAGCAUAUGGCUCAGCCUCCCUCCUCCGAAGUGCCACCGACUUUGUGGUUCAAAACUUCCAAGACCUUUCUGACACACAAGAAUUCCUGGACAUGCAGGUGAAUGUGUUGGACGAGUGCCUCAGGUCAGAUGCCCUCUGUGUGGCCAGUGAGGAGGCUUUGGUCAUGUCACUUCUAAAGUGGAUCCGCCAUGACCUUCUUGGAAGACAGAAGCUGCUACCCACAUUGCUAUCUCUAACGAGACUUCACCAGCUACCUCCACAUGCAUUUCAGUCUCUUCGUGAUUCAGAUCUGCUGAGCAGCAAUCAUUCCUGUAUGGCUCUGAUCUCCGAGGCUCGGAGCAGACAAAGUCAGCACAGUGGAUUGUUCACCGAUGCCAGACCUGCCACCACACAGAGCUACAUUUAUAUCCACAAGACGGAGGAGAACGGAGUUGUCCGCCACUCUUUCUGCUACUGUUUGGAAACAGACCAGUGGACGGAGCUUGGAUUCAACCAGGAGGAUGGAACAAACACAAUGCCAGAUCUGCCAGGCUCCCAUCUGACUAGCUAUGCUGAGAAGAUGUUUAUCACUGGAGGUUGCCGUGGAAACUGUUACCGGGCAGUACGAAUCCACGUGGCGGAGCCUUCCCAUGAUGCUACCGAUGAGAUGUGGUGCUUCUCCCCUGUAACAAGAACCUGCACACCUGCUCCAGCGAUGCCGAAACCCCGAACCAUGCACACAGCAGUGGUCUGUCUAGACCGGGUUUAUGUCAUUGGAGGGCGGACGAAGGGACACAGAGGGGCUGCUCCCGGUCUGCUAGAGGUGGACUAUUAUGACCCAUUGGCCAAGAGCUGGUUCUCAGUCAGUCGUCUGCCAACUGCAAUCUUCUAUCCUGAGGCCAGUGCUUGUGGCAGCGUUAUCUAUACACUGGGGUCGGAGGUGGAGAUAACCGACUCUUUCAAUCCCUCACUUGACUGUUUCUUUAGCUAUGAUGCCCAACAGGACCAGUGGUGUCGCCUGGUGGCAGAGUUUGGCCAGUUCUUCCAUGCAACGCUGGUAAAGGCUGUCUCAAUUCAUAAAACACUGCACCUCUGUGACCUGUCCACUUACAAGGUGUACAGUUUCUGUCCAGAGACUUGUGUGUGGAAAGGAGAGGGGUCAUUUGAGUGUGCGGGGUUCAAUGCUGGAGCAGUUGGUAUACGAGACAAAAUCUACAUUUUAGGUGGUGAUUAUUCCCCUGAUGAGAUUACAGAUGAAGUCCAGGUGUAUCACAGUGACAGGAGUCAAUGGGAGGAAGUGGCGCCCAUGCCCAGAGCUCUGACUGAAUUCCAUUGCCAGAGCAUCAGUUUCAACAGACACACUAACCCGUGGAGUGAUAUAGAAUGAUGCACACAGGUGGCAAGUUGAAGGAAAGUAAAUUCCAACUGCAACUUUUUCACAUUCAAUCACCAAAAAAUUACUAUAUAACAGAAUGCAUUAUUUUAUUUAUCAUUUUUAUUUAUUAUUUAUAUAUCAGAGGGACCUCUUUUUAUAUGUACAGAGGCUGACAGCAAUAUUUUGUGUGCAAAAAAACAACUAGAGUCAUUCAAAUAGAGAAUUUAUUCUGCGAGAAGUCAACAAUAAUUUAAAUAUUUGAUUCAAUUACACACAAAUUACUUAAAUACAGAAUUAAAGAGCGUACAGACUCAAACAUAAUAGCAUGUGCGAGUGCAUAAAGUGUCAUCUUGCAUUGUUUGAAAACAAGAGUGGAGAGAUUUGCACGGUGCAGCAGAUCUGUGUUAGGUUUCUGUUUUUUUCUGUUAACAUUUUCCUCUUUUCUGGGAAUCCCCUUUUUGAUUUUGAUACAAGAGCAGGAUCUCAAAAAAGUGUAGCUCUAAAUCCCAGAUUAGUUUACCUUGGUAAUUGCAUUAAAAUCACACCAUUUCCAUAGACGAAAACACUAAAACUGAAAUCUGACCUAAAAUAGCCGAAGAAACCAUGCAGACUCCAUAAAAUGUCUCCCAUCUCCUCUCGGAGGAGAUGGAGAUGGGAGGAAUGUUCAUGUUCCGCAUGUUAGUCCUGAUAUGUUUUCACCAACAGCCACAUCAAGAGAACGGUGAUUAAGACGAUCAUGAAGUUGAGGAAGAGUUCCUGCACCGAGCGAUCCAUGGCCGCUUUCCAAACAGGCAGUGUAGGGGACAAUGGCGAUGAGGCGGCAGCUGCUGAAGGGAGUACACACGGCAACAGGGAUGGCAGAAAGGAAGAUUUUGUCACAAAGUUUUGCUGUCCAACCCCCCACCUGAGACAAGCAAACAAGUAGAUUUGCAUGAAAGGCAAGGCAGCUUUUUUGAUUUUGCAUAUUUCAUUCACAAUGUAACUCAGUUCACAUAAUUAAGAGUAUCUAUAUAAAGAACUAAAGGCAUGUAAAAGCAAAGUACAAGGUACAAUAGCUUGCGAUAAGACUGUAUGCACAAGUGCCAUAAAAAUAUACUGUAGAUUAAUAUUAAGUUGUGGUCACCUGUCAUUAAAGAUUCCAGAUAAUAUUUAUUCAAAUUAACAAGGAAAGAGAUUUUCUUGCAUCCUUUCAGGCCUCAAGAGGAUUAUUACCUUUUCCUUUAUGUCAUGUGCUCCAGUAGAGUAUUUUUUUUUGUUGGUCUUGAUUUGCAAAAAUCCAAACUGUCUAUAGUCUGCAAAUGUCUUCUUUGAUUUGCUUCCCUCCGUGUCGAGCUUCAGCUUUCUACCCUGACCAGGGACCUGGCCUGCCCCUAAAGUAGUCACCUCAGUGGACCGCCCAUGGCUCACAUGCAAACAUAAUGAUGUCACCCACACUAUUUAAGUGAACAAACCAAUCAAGUGUUUUAUUUUCCACAAUCUGGUCCACGACACAUAGCCAUAGAGAGUCUCUCUCUCACUGUCUGGGUUAUUUAUAGCACAUUAUUGCAAAUAUGAGGUGGCUUACAAUCGCUCCAAAUACAAUGCAUGCAUCGUCUCAUGGAUGGAGGAAUCUGUAACAGUAUCGGGUGUGAGGCGAUGCACAAGAUGAAUAAUGCAGUCAGCUUUUCAAAAUGUAACAUUGGAGGCUCAGAUUCAAGUCCAACUGAAGCUGCAAUUCAUCAUUAUGACAUGUCCUGUAACUAAAGCUGGUAUUGCUUGUUUUUCUUUUUGAUAAAAGUUUUACACGUAGCUUCAAUAUCACGAGUCACUGAACAGAUCCAUUUCUCAUUUGAGCUGAUAUUAUUAUGGGAACCUGAUUGUGUUGUUGAGCAAACUCUCUGUCGAACAUCCGUAUCACUGGCCGAUUGUUCAACCGUAAACUUUGCAUAGUCAAAGAGAGCAGGCCAUUUUCAGCACUUUAGGUCAAUAAUUUUUAAGUGGCCCGACUGAUAGAUUUUUUUGAAAAAAAUUGACAGGAUUUUCAAACAACGGAAGGAACUGGUCCAACGUUUCUUGUAACGUCAGAGAUGAUUUUGGUCAAUUACAGAUGAAUAAUUUCCCCCACAACAUUUAUUGGCCGGAUCAACUUCAAAUGUGGAUGUGAGUUGCAUAGUUGUGUUUUGAUGUGACCCAUUAAAAUAAAAGCAAGAACAACU